CUGCUGUCACGACUGGAGUCGCCUCUCGCCCACAGCGGGGAGCGCGAGUACGCCGAGCAGCCGCCUCGUCGAGCCCCUGGGCCGGGCUCUUCCGGGAAUGUGAGCCGCGCGGCUGGCACGCUUGCACGGCCAUGGAUGCAUCGUAUGAUGGUCCUGAGGUAACUGUCCUGAAGGAGGAAAUUGAGGAAGACUACUCCUAUACCUCCCCUGGGCCACCCAAGAAGAAGAAAAGAGACAAAAUCCAUGGAGAAAAAGCCAAGAAACCUAGGUCGGCCUACCUUCUAUACUACUAUGACAUCUGCUUGAAAGUGCAGCAGGAGCUGCCCCACCUCCCGCAGUCUGCCAUCAAUAAGAAGAUUAGUGAGAGUUGGAGACUUCUCAGUGUGGCCGAGAGGAGUUACUACUUAGAGAGAGCCAAACUAGAGAAAGAAGGUUUGGAUCCUAACUCAAAGCUCUCUGCACUGACUGCUGUAGACAUCCCAGGUUUCCGCAAGAUACUCCCUCGCUCAGAUUAUAUCAUUAUUCCCAAGAGCAGUCUGCAAGAGGAACGGAGCUGCCCUCAGCUUGAGCUAUGUGUGACUCAGAACCAGAUGUUCCCUAAAGGACUUGCUCUUGUAUCCAACAAUGUCCCGGAUACAGUGUCCAGCCACGUAGGCAUGACAGAACAGUGCCUGGCUGUGGAGGCUUUGGCUGAGGAGGUGGGAGCUCUUUCUCAGUCAAGUGCUGUGCAGGAGAUCGCCACUUCAGAGAUCCUCAGCCAAGAUGUGCUUCUGGAAGAGGCAUCCUUGGAGGAUUCCAGUGAGAAUAGCUCCUCUGCACCAGCCACUCAGUUCAUCAUGCUGCCUCUUCCUUCCUACUCAGUUGUGGAGAGCCCCACUUCUAUCAAACUGACUACUACGUAUACCCGCCGGGGCCAUGGGACAUGCACCAGCCCAGGUUGCUCCUUUACAUAUGCCACCAGGCACAAACCACCUAAGUGCCCUACCUGUGGUAACUUCCUAGGAGGGAAGUGGAUCCCAAAGGAAAAGCCAUCCAAAGUCAAAGUAGAACUGGCUUCCAGUGUCUCCUCCAGAAGUUCUAUGGUUAAAAGAAAUCAGCAGCUUGUCACCAAUGAGCCAAAUUCCUCUAAGGAAAAUGCAUCAAAAUUGACUCUGAAGAACUCAGAAGCUGUAAGCCACCUCUUGAAUAUAGCUCCUCCAAGAGAAGUGGGUGAGGAGAAUGAAUGGGAGGAAGUGGUUGUCUCCGAUGCUCAUGUUUUGGUCAAAGAAGCUCCUGGAAAUCAUGGUACAGCAAUCACCAAGAUGCCAGUCAUCAAGGCUGAGGUCACUCUGGGGACAGCUGAGAAUGAUAUUCCUAGGCCAGACAUUCCACAGCCAGGAGGGGGUACCAGUACGUCCAGUCUACUCCCUGCUCCUAAAAAAUCUCCAGGAGUUGACCUGCUUACCACUGGACCCAAAGUCUCAGAGCUUAAAGGCAGAGCACGGGGAAAGCCCUCAUUACUGGCUGCAGCAAGACCCAUGAGAGCUAUUCUGCCAGCCCCUGCAAAUGUGGGACGGGGCAGCAGCAUAGGACUGCCCAGGACCGGGCAGGCUUUUCCUCUGAGUGAUAAGACUCCCUCUGUGAUGACUUGUGGCCUGAAGGCAAGCACACUGAAGCAGCUGGGCCAGCCGAUCCAACAGUCAUCUAGUACUGGUGAAGUGAAGCUACCAAGUGGCCCAAACAACAGGACACCUCAGGUGAAAGUUGUAGAGGUCACGCCUGAGAUGUUUCCUCAGUAUAAAUACAGCUGCACUGUCACACUGGAUUUGGGCCUGGCUACAUCAAGAGGCCGAGGAAAGUGCAAGAAUCCCUCUUGUAGCUACAUCUAUACCAACCGACAUAAACCUCGCAUUUGUCCCAGCUGUGGUUUUAACCUUGCCAAAGACAGGACAGAGAAAACCACAAAGGCUAUUGAGGCAAGCUCACCACUCCCAGAUGUGCUGAGCACCACAGAGCCCCUGAGUGCAGCCCAGAGGGAGAUCCAGCGUCAGUCCACACUGCAGCUGCUACGCAAAGUCCUACAGAUUCCUGAGAAUGAGUCAGAGCUGGCUGAGGUCUUCGCCUUGAUUCAUGAACUCAAUAGCUCUCGGCUUAUCCUGUCCAACGUGAGUGAGGAGACAGUCACCAUUGAGCAAACCUCCUGGUCGAAUUACUAUGAAUCACCAUCCACGCAGUGCCUUCUCUGUAGCAGCCCAUUGUACAAGGGGGGACAAAACUCUCUGGCUGGGCCCCAGGAAUGCUGGUUGUUGACAGCUAGCCAGCUGCAGGUGGUGACUGCCCAGGUGAAAAUGUGUCUGAACCCUCAUUGUCUGGCCCUGCACAGCUUCAUGGACAUCUACACAGGUCUUUUUAAUGUGGGGAACAAGUUGCUAGUAAGCCUGGACUUGCUCUUUGUGAUCCGAAACCAGAUCAAGCUAGGAGAGGACCCCAGAAUGUCCGUCAGUGCAGUGCUGAAAUCUGUGCAAGAGCAAACAGAAAAGACUCUGACCACAGAGGAGCUGAGCCAGCUGCAGGAGCUCUUAUGCAAUGGUUAUUGGGCUUUUGAGUGCCUUACUGUUCGUGACUAUAAUGACAUGAUUUGUGGUAUCUGUGGUGUGGCACCCAAAGUGGAAAUGGCUCAGAGGAAUGAAGAGAACGUGCUGCUACUGAAGAGCGUGGAGUUCACCUGGCCUGAAUUCUUGGGCUCCAGUGAAGUGAAUGUGGAGGACUUCUGGGCCACAAUGGAGACAGAAGUGAUCGAGCAGAUGGCGUUCCCAGCCAGCAUCCCCAUCACCAAGUUUGACGCCUCUGUUAUUGCCCCCUUCUUUCCACCACUCAUGAAAGGAGCCGUGGUUGUCAACACUGAGAAAGACAAAAACCUGGAUGUACAGCUAGUACCUGGCAAUGGCAGUGCUUUGGUGAGGCUACUCCAGGAGGGCACCUGCAAGCUUGAAGAACUUGGCUCCUACACUGAGGAGGAGCUGCAGCACCUGCUGGAGCAAUGUGACAUCCCCUUUGGACCUGAAGACUCCAGGGAUCAGCUCUGCCUCUCCUUAUUGGCCCUCUAUGAAGCUGUGCAGAAUGGGGCCAGAGCUAGACAGCCCACACCUCACCUCACAGGGGGUAAAAUCUAUAAGGUGUGCCCCCAUCAGGUGGUCUGCGGCUCCAAGUACCUUGUUCGAGGUGAAAGUGCCCGUGACCAUGUGGAUCUGCUUGCUUCUUCCCGCCACUGGCCACCUGUCUAUGUGGUAGACAUGGCCACACCCGUGGCACUGUGUGCUGAUCUCUGCUAUCCAGAGCUCACCAGCCAGAUGUGGGGGAAGAACCAGGGUUGUUUCUCUAACCCUACAGAGCCAGCUGUGAGCGUGUCCUGCCCUGAACUCUUGGACCAGCAUUAUUCUGUCGACAUGACAGAGGCUGAACACUCUGUCCAGCACCCAGUCACCAAGACUGCCACACGGCGAAUAGUACAUGCAGGCACACAGACCAUUCCCAAUGAUCCCAGUGCUGGCCAUCACUCCUUGUCCCUGUGCCCUGAGCUGGCACCCUACGCAACUAUCCUGGCCUCUAUUAUGGACAGCAAAUCCAGUAAUGUCCGCCAGCGGUCCAUUGCCUUUGACAAUGCCACCCACUAUUACCUCUACAACCGCCUCAUGGAUUUCCUCACCAGCCGGGAGAUUGUCAACCGGCAGAUCCAUGACAUUGUGCAGAGUUGCCAGCCUGGUGAGGUAGUCAUUCGUGAUACCCUCUACCGCCUUGGGGUUGCUCAGAUCAAAACAGAGACAGAGGAGGAGGAAGAGAAGAUGGCCACAAUGGCAGAAUAAGCCAGUCUGUUGGACCAGGCCUGCCAUCUCAAGCCAUGUACCCACCCUUGCCUGAGGCAGACCUAUCCUGGGGACCUGUAGAAGCAAUCGUCUGUGGGGAGGGCCUCAAAUUGCUGGGACUGACCAAAGAGCUUCUAUUUACUGAGCAAGGCAGGGCCCUCAACCUCCAGAGCUCUGGGGAGGUGCCAGGAAACCCCUUACUGGCCUAGAGAAUGCAUGUGGGGGUUUAGCUUGUUUAAGGGAGGGAGCUGCCUCCCUGGGUCCACCACUACCUGUGGUGGCCUAAGGCAGGAGCAGGAGCCCUGCACCAGGUUGGGAAGCUGCCAAGCUACAUUAUCCCACAGGGAGGAACCCUAGCUCCAGUCUUACAGCUGUAUGGGCUUCUUAGCCUGUUGCCUUUGACUAGUGGCCUCUGUGGCUUCAUCCACUCUUGGGGUCCCUUAAGACUCUUGAUUUUCCCCAAAGGAAGGAUGCAUUUUUCUCCAGCUCUUCCUGUACCCACAGUGGGGGAAGCAGAUGAGGGAGAACAGUCAGCCACAACUUCUUCUGGGACUGCCCUCUGCUCUGAGCUUUGGGGAAGAGAACCCCUUCCUCCUUUCCCUGGCCACUGCUGCUGUACCCUACAUCCUCUGGGUCCUAAGACCCUCACCACAGAGAGGAUGUGGCCCAUGGUUGUGACAUAACCUGGUGGCAGUAGGAAAACUCCCUUCUGUGAAGGGGAAGCAGACAGGGCCAUAAGGAAACAGCAGGACUGGCUCAAGUGCCCAUCGUUUGCUUAGGGCCUGGGAAUUGGCCAGGUGUUAUUUAAUUUAUUGAGCGAGAUGGAGUAAGGGGCUUUUUCCCUCUCUCUUUCCCCAACAAGAAUAAAGUUUAUUAAAUUAUCUGGUUUUGAUGAA